AUGACAAGCUUCUUUUCAGGUCUUUGGAACAGUAUAUUUCAACCUGGUGCAAGUCCACAAUUAAUUCUAGCUACUCAUGCAUCUUUCAUUGCAUUACUGUUAACAUUAACAUGGUUAAUAUUUGUCACAAGAGGAAAUAUCCACUUUAUUGCAUUAUUUGUAAUUGCCACAUUGUUAUGGCUAUCUAUCAUCUGGUUUAUCCAAGAAUUGAAAAAUGUUAGAUUAAUGACCAACGAAGAAUUAAAGGAACAAAACAUCAAAGAUAAUAAUAAUAAUAAUGAUAAUGGUAAUACAGGAGAAAAGGACAAAAGUUCCGAUUCCAAAUCCAAAAAAGAUGAACCAACUAAAAAUAACAGGAAAAAAAAUGAUAAUAAUUCAGUAGUAUAUAGUUCUGGGAUUUCAAUUAGCAAGUCAAAGUCCAGAAAAGUUUAG